UUCGGUGUUCUUAUCGCCUGAGUUUCUCUUCGUUUUAAAUUAAACAAGCUCUGAGCGAGAUGAGAGCUUCGCAAGGAUGGAGAUGUGUGGAUGGUGGAGUUCGGAAUACAAGCUCGGAAGCUAGGGUUUUUUAUUCAUUUAUAAAGCGAAGCUGGUGCUCGAGUUCCGUGGAAAUACCCUAAAAUUUUGCCGUGGCAGAAGAGAUUGGGCGGUAGCUGUUGUAGGGCUUUUGUUUGGAGGAGAUCUACCAUCAGAGGUCAUGGCGUUCAUGAUAGGUUUCUGAACCGCGUCUUUGGAAAUUCUAGAUAUACUUGGAGUUCUGGAACAAAAAAUCAACUACAGAAGUUGAUGAAAUGGCGGAAAUCAAGGCUCGAAUUUGGUCACAGAUGUAUGGAGAUGGCUGGAAACUUAGUUCAUCUUCUAAGAUAUUAAGGUGACGGCCCCUCUUAUCUUGACUUUCUGAUGUUGUAGUAUAUGUAUCAACCAAAGAAAAAAACAAAAAAAGAAAGAAGUUCUAAUGUAUUUUUGCUGUUAGAGAGAAGGGAAACUUGAGAAGAAGAUCUGUUGAAAAGGUUGCAUUAUUCUUUUACUUUGAUAUAAUUUGCUACCGAUUGUUGAAUAUCUAAACGUAGAAACGGAAACGAAAAGGGGUUUUGGUUCCGAAAACUGAGCAGAUAUGGGUGAGCAGAGGACUGUGAGGGGGAAUUUUUGGUCUAAUGAAGAAGAGAAGGCCAUGGCGCAAGCAAUUUUGGGUUUUGAAGUCUGCGACUUUUUGACUUCUCCAAGUUAUGUUUCGCCCGACUUGGUUACACCCGGUGGCUACAGAAGUGUGCAGCAGGAGCUCUGCCAGCUUGUUGAAGGCUCAAGCUGGACCUACGCCAUUUUCUGGCAGGUCUCAAGCUGUAAGUCUGGUGAGUUGGCCUUAAUAUGGGGAGAUGGGCACUGUAGAGAACCCAAGGGAGACGAAAGAGAAGAAGAUGGAACUUCGACGAGUUUCGAAUCACAGAAGAAGCUUGGAGAGGAAGAGCAAGAAAUGAGGAAGCAGGUGCUUCAAAAGGUUCACUCAUUCUUUGGUGGAUCAGAGGAAGAUAACUACGCAGCACGGUUGGAUUCUGUUUCGGAUGUGGAGAUGUUCUACCUUACAUCCAUGUAUUAUUCGUUCAAAUAUGAUGCCCAGGCUGGUCCUGCACGUUCAUUUUCCUCCCAUAGACCAAUCUGGGUUGUGGACCAAAACGUUUGUGCAGAUCAUUAUCAGUCGAGAUCUUUUCUAGCAAGAUCAGCUGGCUUUCGGACCCUGGUUUGUGUUCCGAUCGAUUCAGGGGUGGUGGAACUUGGCUCUGUUAAAUCACUCCCAGAAGAUCAAAAUGUCUUGCAGAUGAUUAAAACUUUACUUGGGGAUUCGAGUACUCAUCAGUCAACAGCAACGGUAACAGCAACAAUGACCCCGAAGAUCUUUGGUCAUGACCUUAGUCUAGGCAGCUCGACACCUCAUUCAAUUGCCAUUAAUUUCUCUCCAAAGGUGGAAGAAGAUGAGGGUUUCCAAUUAGAAUCCUACAAAGUGCAAGCAACAGUACCUAGACAUGGUAAAACCAUAGCUAGGAGCAAAGAUAUGGGUACUAAUCUAGUUGUUGGAACUUUUCCCAAUGGGUGUAGAAGUGAAGAAAAUAAAGUAAAACUAUUUUCACAGCCAAAUCAGAUGAUUGUUGGGGCUCUAACUCAAUCAGGGGUUGUUGAACAACCGAAAGAUGAUACAUUGCCUCGGUCUGAAGAGCGCAAACCUAGGAAAAGAGGGAGAAAGCCUGCCAAUGGGAGAGAGGAGCCAUUGAACCAUGUUGAAGCAGAGAGGCAGAGACGGGAGAAGCUUAAUCAGCGGUUUUAUGCAUUAAGAGCUGUUGUCCCUAACAUCUCCAAGAUGGACAAGGCCUCGUUGCUUGGAGAUGCCAUUACCUAUAUCACGGAUCUCCAAAUGAAGAUUAGGGUCUUGGAAGCUGAAAGAGAGAUGUCGAAGGGCAACCAAAAGCAUUUACCUGUUCCUGACAUUGAUGUUCAGACAAGAAAUGAGGAAACCAUUGUUCGUGUGAGCUGCCCACUAGAUUCACACCCUGUCUCUAAAGUCAUUAAGGCAUUUAGAGAAACUCAAGUUAUGGUUCAAGAAUCUAAUGUUUCAACUAUCGACAAUGACUCAGUUCUUCAUACAUUCUCCGUCCGUACUCAAAAUGGUACAAGUGAACAUUUGAAGGAGAAGUUGGUUGCUGCUCUCUCAAGAUGACCUGAUUGUAAAAUUGUACUUGUAAGAUGAAUUUCAGUGAAUCUCCUCUUUUUUGUCAAACCUUUUGUUUUGUUUUUAGCUUUUCUGUAGGCAACUGCAAAGUGGCAAUUCCUGAUAUUGGAAUAAUUUGCAUUCUGUACCAUGAAUGAAGUUUCUAUCAUCUUAAGAUAUGUGUUCAGAC